ACCCAAAGGCAGUGAUGUUGCCAAGUCUCCUGUCUCUCUGCCUGCUGGUUUGCUUUCAGUCUGGCAUAAAUGCAUAUCCGGUCAAGCCUGCUGGUCCCCGCGAUGGAGCAUCACCUGAGGAGCUUGCCAAGUAUUAUUCUGCACUCAGACACUACAUCAAUCUCAUAACAAGACAAAGGUAUGGAAAAAGAGACAACCCAGACGCAAUGUUUUCAGAUGUGUUACUGAGGGAGAGUGCAGAGACUGUUCCGGGGUCGGACUACAAUAGGUAUGAUGGACUGCCCCUGUGGUGAUGCUGCUGGAGCCGUCACAUCCAGGCUCACAGAAACUGCUCCCAUGUCUGUCAGUGAGAUGAAAUUAAGUUAUGUUGCAUGGAAUAAACACUGUGUAAAAACACGUCUUUUGUCAGUCUAUGUGGGUGUAUUGUAAUAUUUUUUUAUGUAAUGAUUUCACCCAAGUGUUCAU